AUGGACCGGAUGGUGGCCACUUUGGAGCAGAGAGGACUCAUCAAAACAGAUACUACAUUAGAACCAACCACUGCUGAAAGUACGACAUCAGAACCAACCACAGCGGAAACUACUACUUCAGAACCAUCAACCACACUGGAACCAACCACUCCCGACCAAUCAACCACUAAAGAAACUACGACUUCGGAAACAUCAAAAACAACAGAACCAACCACAUCGGAAACUACU